UGUUGUUAUUCUUCCGGUUGGUGAUGUCCAUACAUUUCUGUCUUCGAGUUAGUUUGUUUUUAGCGCUCGCGGUUUUAUUUACGGACAGUAUUCUCUUUGUUCUUCUUGUUUAAACAAAACUCUCAGUUUAUGACUCAUAAGGGAGUCAGCAGCUUUAUUUAGCUCGCAGCUUUUGUUUCUGUUAGCCGCUUUUGGCUAACCAGCUGAAGCAGGUGAGGGCUGAAUGUUUUGCUACAUCAGGUCAUCAUCGAUCAUUCAUGGCCGCUCGGCAGCUCUUCACAGACACGGACACUGCGGAUGAAGCUGUCAGGGCCACCUGUGACGACGCAACCACCUGCAAAAGGUUUGCCACCAGUAAAUCCUACUGGAAGGACCCAUACAUCCAGUACUUUGUGAGAUCUGUAGGAGAGCGGAAGGCCCCAGAAAUUAACAGAGGUUACUACGCCCGAGUUAAAGGAGUGAACCUUCUUCUCGAUGCAUUUAUAAAGAAAACAGACUGUCGGUGCCAAGUGAUCAACAUGGGGGCUGGGCUGGACACCACGUUUUGGAGACUAAAGGACGAAAACCUCCUGCCACAGAAGAUAUUUGAAGUUGACUUUCCAGCUGUUGUUGCCAAGAAAAUCCACUACAUAAAAACCAGGCCCCCUCUGUCCAAACCUAUCAUUGAUGUGCACUCAACAGACUCCUUACUGAUAGAUGCCCACAACCUUGAGUCAGACCGUUAUUGCAUCAUCGGAGCAGACCUCCGAGACAUCUCCAGCUUGGAUGAAAAGCUAAAGAAGUUCCACCUUAACCCAGAAUUGCCAACAGUGUUCGUGUCAGAGUGCGUGCUGGUCUAUAUGACGCCAUCGCAGUCCUCCAACCUGGUUCACUGGGCGGCAGAAACCUUUCACACCGCCAUGUUUAUAAACUAUGAGCAGGUGAACAUGAGUGAUCGAUUUGGUCAGGUGAUGAUCGAGAACCUGCAGCGUCGUCGGUGCACCCUGGCUGGAGUUGAGGUCUGUCGGUCUCUGGACUCUCAGAAAGAGCGGUUUCUGAGGACAGGCUGGGGGCACGCAGACGCUCUAGAUAUGAUGACGGUUUACAGUGUGCUCCCUCAGGAAGAUGUGGCGAGAAUUGAGCAUUUGGAGUUCCUCGACGAGAGGGAGCUGCUCCAGCAGCUUCUCCAACACUACUGCAUCUGCUGGGCCUCCAAGGACAAACUCAGCCUGGGGCUGUCCCAUUUGGCAUUUUGAGUGUGACAUUUUGAACCGUGAGUUCACCAAAAUCAACAGGAAGUGAAGAUCUGAGAGAGGAGACACCAGAGGAAAAAAGAAACCGCAUCAUGACGAUUUAAUUUCUUGUAUUAUGUCCAAAUCGUCUCAUCUAUGGAAAUUAAAGAAUGACGUUUGAAAACAA